AUGUUGGCUGGGAUUAUUUUCUGCGAGAGGCAAUCGACUGCGGCGCUGUGGAGGAAAUGCAGGAUUCCGCGACUGUGCGGUCCUUCGAUCCAAUUUCGCGCCACGACACGUUCUGGUAGCACUGGAGCCACUGGGAGUUGGGUCAAGACUGAAGUGCCAACAGCUCGUCCACAAGAAAACAUUGGUCUGAGGGAGCUGUGGAGGUACUCGGGGCUGAUAUCGACACAGCCUCCUCCCGAUGGAACGCUGUCUAAGGUUUUUCAACGGCGGCUGUCGUUCCGCGUCCGCAUUCAAGACGAGCAAAUUGCGGACGUGAUUUUCGCCAAGAACGGGCUGGAACUUCGCUGCGAUGACUUGUCGUCGCUGAUCGACGUCCUUAUCAUGAGUAGAGAAGCUUAUGAGCGUGGAGACGCAACGAGACACCCGUCCCGAGGCAGCAACGACAAAUUCUUUGGUUUCACGGAGCAGAUCUGCCAAGCCAAUGGGUUUCAACUAAGGCUUCGGUGGGGUUUUAUCGACUCCAAGAGGACACAGCACAGGUGCAUACAUGGCUCCGCAAUAUUCUUGUUGGCGCAGUGGCACGGGAGUGGCUACUGCCACGGACGGAUUUGUUGGGAAAACAUGGUGGGCAACCCGUUGUAUUCGAGCUGGACGCUCGUGAACAUGCAGACGUCCCGAAAGUCGAAUUUACCGAAACAUACGGUUGUCACCAUGACCUGGUGCAAUUGGGCAGGUUGA